GAGCAAGAGAGAGAGAGAGAGAGUAAAGGAAAACAGUGAGAGUGAGAGCUGGAAAAGCUUUCGUGCUACCUUUUUUUUAGCCACAGCGCAGGCGUUUUGUGGAGCGGUUUCGUUGCCCUACUCCGCUUUAAGGGUUUGUUUUGACCAUUUAACUUUCGUUUUCUCGCCGUGUCGAAAGUAAAAGUGCGCAACGAAACGACGAACAUCCUAUUGUUGUUUGUCCAGCCUUGGUUGCGUCUUGCUCCAGCAAUUCAAACAGUUGCAUGCGAGCACGCAAGGAAGACGAACGUGAAUUCAUCCUUGGUUGGCGCCAUCAUCUACGCGAAGUUGAACGCAAAAACUCAUCGAAACCAAAAAAAAAACAAAAAAAAGCGGAUAUUCAUUCUAACGUUCACAGCUCAUCCAUCAAUAAUGCAAAACCACAGAACGAGUAUAUAGUACAUACAAUCCAAACAACCCAAGUUGUUUUUUUUUUGGUUGGCACACAAAUAGAACAAACACAAACCCCCCAAACCAACAAAAUAGGGCGCCCAACCCUGCAAAUAAACGGAAUCACCUUGAAAACGUCGUAGGGUGAACGAAGGAUAAAGGACAAAGAACCAAGUCGAAAAUCAACAAGUCGUAAAUUGUAUAUAUCGUAUAAUGGCGCGUCGCAAAGAUAAGCCGCGCCUAAUACCCGAACAGGAUAAGCGCAUCUGUCGCGCCAUUUGCCUCUGCCAACUGACCAUGGUGUUGUCCUGCGUCUCAAUUGUCUACCUCAGCGUGGCCAUCUACUCCCCAUCCAUGAAAGCCUUCAAGUCGGGCUUCGAACUGGAUCCGGUCAUGUGUCAAACGGUGGACCGUCAGAUGCCCAACAAUUGUCCUUGGGCCUCGUGUGGCGAAUGGUGCUUGACACGCACAAGUGGUUUCUGUCCGCAAAUCCAUUCGGUAGUGCGACGCAAUGGCACCGAUAUACAGCUCAACAAUUGCACCAGAGUGUCCAAUACUUCCUGCGCCAUGAUUGACCUGAGUCGCCUCAACAAGUUCAACUGCAACAAUGGCACCGUGUGCAACAACAUACGCGGCGUCUUUAACUGCUCCAACGGACACUGCAAGAACAUGUCCGAGUUCUUCUUGUGCCACCACAAGCCUGAUGGACCCGUCAUCAACUCGGCCAAGGAUAACACGAAGCUGAACGGCUUCUUCGAGUGCCAUGGGGUACAGUGCACCAAGAUCAAGCGACCCUUUAGCUGUGAUAGGUACUGCUCCCGGAUAACUACAGGCAACAUCAAUACGCUUAUCAUGCAUGAGGACAACUUAAUUGCUGCGGAUUGUGAGAACGCGGUGGCGUUCAACGAGGCACGCGGCAAGGAGCAUGGCGUCCGUAUCGAGCCCACCGAAUUCUGGAAGGAAGACGAUGGCAACUUGCUGACCAACUGUGCAACAGUCACUCGCGAAUCCGACAAUCGCAUCAUGGCCACUGAUUGCCUGAAUGGCACCUUGCUGGAACACGAUACACUGCCAGCUCCUUAUAUGAACUUUACGCAGUUUUGGGCCAUCUACGAGAAUAGCACGCAUGCCGUUGACCCCGAGCAAAAGUUUCUGCCCAACCAGGCCAAUCUGACCAUAUUCAGCUGGAAGAAAUUGUUCAUAAACCUCGAGGGUUGCGUGAAUACGCUGCGAGGGGAAUGCAAGGACUUUGUGGCCCGUUAUGGUAGCGAUGGCGACAACAACACGGCUCAGUCACGCUAUCAGUGUUACUAUAAUAAGGAUGCAAAUGUGGAUUUUGUGGUUGCACGAUAUGAUCUGGACAAGGUGUAUCGCGAGCUGCUCGUCUCGCUGAUUGUGCCGAUUGUGCUAUUUGUGGUAUCAUCCAUAUCGCUGUGCGUCAUAACCAAGUCGGUUAAGGUGGGUGACGAUGCCAAAAUGCGUUGUGUUUGUGCUGGCGACAAUUCGGAUGAUGAUGUCUUUGGCCAUAAUGCCAGAUCAAAGCAGCCAGAAAAAGUCUACGAUACGGAUGACGAUGUGGUCGAUUUAGAGCAUCAGGCGGGUGCCAUGGGUGAGCUGGAACUGUCGCCACAGGAUCAGCCGCAUCCGCUGGACACACAUGAAAUGAUUGGCAGCACCAAAUCACUGAUACCACUCAGCCCAACCGGUGGAUCGAGCAACCGUGGUGAGCAACUGAACUUCGCCGAAGAUCACGACGAGAAGGCAGCCAGUUGCGAUGUGCCCGAAAAACCACUGGUCAUACUUUAAACGAGCCCAGGAUAUGGGCUCAAGACUUGAAAAGGGAACUUAUCGCUAAGAAAUUGUUACUCUUUAUAUUGAAAUCUAUACAAUCUUUAUAGGAACUGCGAACUGAACUUGAAUUUCCACUCAGCGCUAUUUAUCUACGCAUUUAUACAAACGAUUUAUUAUAUAUAUAUAUAGCAUAGAAAGAAGCAACGACAACAACCAAAGCCAUCUAACUAUAUUCAGAGCAUUUCACUUGAUUAUCAUUUCAAUUUAUAUAGAACUUUAUACAACUCUCAAGAGCUUUAUUAACCCCUCUAAACAUGGGUUAUGCGACCAAAUCAGAAAAUCAAAUCAUUUUAACAUCAAAUAGAGUAUAUCUGCCCACGUUUGGUUCAGUGGAUGUGCCUUGGAAUUUCGAAAUCAGUUGCAUUUAAACAUGAAUUUAUACAUAUUUCAAGAGACGGGAAUAUGGCAGUAACAAGAAACCAACGAUAAUCUUACAGUCAGUCUGCUGAACCAUAGAACUUAUAUAUAUAAAGGAUCCACAACGGGAACCAAGCACCAACAUUUUUGGGCAAAUGCAUUUAUUUUGUAAAUACGAUAAAUCAAGCACAAACUAAAAAUGGGGAAAAUAUGUUCGAAAUAAAAGGGCAUUGGACUUUGCCUUGAUUUUUCGAUUUAGUAGCUAUGCAAUAUACUCGAAUUAGUUUAGCCUGAUCUAUGCAAAUAUAUAUAAAUCACAGAGAUAAUGGUUUAGAGGCACAGAAGCACCAAAGGAAAAAAAAACUGCACGCUUAAAUUUCUACACUUUUGAUUAACUACUUAUAGAUAAAAUAUACAUAUUAUAUAUUAGAUAUAUACUUAUAGAAGCUAUUUAAUGAA